AAAAACCGAAAGCAUGGAUUGGCCUGUCCAAAGUGAGGCAUUCAAUCAAAAUACGCCUAACAAAGAAAGCUGCAGGUGCUAUGAUGGCGGAAACAGAAUGGGAGGCGGUGGCUGUAAUUUUGUCAAAACUGUCUGCUGCAGAAAUAAAUAAACUGUCCCACAUUAUAGCAGAACAGAUAACUUUCAACAAAGUUCCCUCAUCAGAAGCCUGCAUGAAAAAGUUGUCCAAUGAGGAGUGGUGUCAUGUGACUCGCUUACUUAGUAAAUUUUACAAGACUGCAAUAAAACAAGCCUUGAGUGAAGAGCAGAUCCAGGAGUGUCUACAUCAACUUCCAGAAGAACAGAAAACAGCUAUCAAGAAUGCAAUUUCAACACACAGGCAAGACCUUCGAUUAAGCCUACUUGAUGAUACCACUGCUGUUUCCCAGUGUGUUCUCAAGGACUUUGAUUGGCAAUUAAAGCUGGUGAUGUCAUCAGACAAGCUGUCAUCUGUAAAUGAGCCUUUGCUGAAUGUUGACCUAAACCUCCAAGAUGGAACAGGAUCAUUUGAGCAGGUGGCAGUAGAACUUGAUCAGGCAGAUCUAAAGAAAUUUCUGGCUUCUUUAGAAGCCUGCAGCAAGGCAGUGCAACAAUUGACAGUAUGAGGCCUAUAGAGUGGAUUUCUCAUAAAGUACCAACAUUCAUAAUAGGAUCACCUGCAAAAGAUCUUACCAAUCAUUAACAUUUUGCGCAUGUCAUCUUAAAGAUGUUUAUAAGACUUGUAAUAAAAUAUGAAAGUAUUUGC